AUGUUGAAUAGCACCAUCAACCUUGACAGCUGCGAUUUGCAGUUUCAUCUGAAAAAGGAACUUGCUACUAGAAGAUACUUGAUUGUUCUAGAUGAUCUCUGGGAAGAAGAUGGAAACAAUCUUGAAAGGUUGAAGGAGAUGUUACAGCAUGGCCGCAAGGGUAGCCGUAUUAUAGUAACUACCCGUAACCGAAGCGUAGUGCAACAAUUGCGCACUGGGUUUCUUGCAAAUCAGAGGAAAAUUUGUCCAGUUCCAGAGUCUGACAUGAUCGAUUUGGUUGUUUUAGAACCUGCAGAAUGCUGGGAAUUAAUGAAGCAAAGGGCGUUUGGGCCUGAUGAUGACCACAGUGGCUUGGAAGAAAUUGGAAAGCAGAUUGCAGGCAAGUGUGGGGGUUUACCGCUCGUGGCAAAUGCUCUCGGGCAAGUAAUGUCGGAGCUAAGGACCGUGGGGGCAUGGGAAGAUAUAAGAGACACCAAGGUUGAUUUGGGUUUGAGAGAAGGACAUCAGAAAGAAACAUUAGAGAGGCUAAUGCUGAGCUAUCACCACAUGAAGCUAGAAUUUAAAAUGUGUUUCAUUUACUUGGCAACCUUCCCCAAGGGAUUUGUCAUGGAUAACAAUCAUUUAAUCCAGCAAUGGAAUGCGCUUGGAUAUAUUAAUUCAAGGCAUGAUGGUCAAAGGUGCAUCAACUACCUUUUGGGGAUGUCCUUUCUUCGGAUUCCAGGAUCCGCUCUGGUUGGUUCAAGUCCAUUGCAUUUCAAGGCUCCUCCGGAACUCGUCAUGCAUGAUUUGGUGCAUGAUCUUGCAUCAACAAUUUUUGCUGAUGAAUUCAUCGAUUUGGAUGCUACCAGAAGCACCAGCUGGAACAAAGCUCGUUACUACCGGCAUGCACAAUUAACCAACUUCAAGAAUGAUCCUAAGGUUUUCAAAUAUAUUCCAGGCAAACUUAGAUCCCUCCACUUGAGGGAUUUGGGGGGAAUGAAACUCCCGAAAAAGGCAUUUUCUCGGUGCAAGUACAUACGUGUCUUGGACCUAAGUGGACAUUCAAUGAAUGGCCAAUUAGCUCCAAGUAUCAUGGUGCUGCCAUCUUCCAUUAAUAAAUUGAAGCUAAUUAGAUAUCUUGAUGCCACAGGCUUGCCAAUAACAUCACUUCCUAAGAAUUUUCAUGCACUUCAAAACAUGGAAACUCUUAUUCUAUCCAAUUCCUUGCUCGAAACCUUGCCUGACAGUAUUUGUCGCCUCACCAAACUAUGUUAUUUGGACCUAUCCGGCGGUUGCAACCUAAGUAAGCUACCUGGUUCACUAGGGAAGCUCUCUCAGCUCUUUUUCCUUAAUCUAUGUGGGUGUUCUACACUCCAAGAGUUGCCUGAAUCAAUCUGUGAGCUUACAUGCUUACACCACCUAGACAUGUCAGAUUGUUCUGCUCUUCAAAAGCUGCCUGAAAAUUUUGGUAGCCUUCUUAAACUCUCAUUCUUAAACUUAUCAAGUUGUUCAAAGCUCACCAAACUACCUGACAGUGUUAGCUUUCCGCAUUUAGAACGCCUUAGCCUAUCAAAUUGCCAUGAACUAGGAAACCUGCCAAUUGAUUUCGGCCACCUUCAGAAACUUGAGUUCUUGAACCUCUUUGGUUGCUACAAGGUGUCAAUGCUGCCAGGGUCAUUUUGCCAACUUAAUCAUUUGAAAUACCUAGAUCUUUCAGAUUGUCAUAACCUCGAAGAACUCCCUAAAUGUUUUGGUAACCUCUUCGAGCUUGAAUAUUUGAACCUAACAAGCUGCUCUAAGCUCCGACAAUUGCCAGAGUUAUUAUGCAAAUUGUUUAAGUUGAGAUUUCUCUAUUUGUCAUACUGUCUGCAACUCAGAGGGCUCCCCUCCUCAUUUGGUGACCUUAAGCUUCAAAUACUGCACAUGAGUGGUCUUAUAUUUAUGGAUGAUUGCCCUGAUAGCAUUGGUGACAUGACUAGUCUCACCCAGUUGGUAUCUGAUAUUGCAACUUCCCAUUUGCUUGAAAAGACUCAAGCAAUUCGAAAGCAUCUAAAUCUUAUGGGCACAGUAGUGCAUCAUGUACAUGAGAUAGAGAGUAGAGGAUGUAGCAGUAUAGUGGAUCUUAUGGGGUUGACUUGUUCAGAGCUGAUACUUAUAGGCCUUCAGAAUGUCAGACAUCCAGAAGAUGCAGACAGAGUCAGCCUACGGGAUAAAUCAGAUAUUCGAGUGCUAAAACUUGACUGGCAAAAUGAAGGAGGUAGAUCUGUGCUGGACAGGCUCGUACCUCCUCGGACUCUUGAAAACUUUUGGCUAGUUGGGUAUAGUAGCAAGGAUUUCCCUAACUGGAUAUUUCACACCUCGUCUUACCUCCCUUUUGUCAGCGAACUGACUCUCAGUUGUUUGGAAGCAUGUGAUUGUCUUCCUCCAUUUGGGGCACUACCAAAUUUAAGAAAGCUGUCUCUGGAAUACAUUCCUAACAUUAGGAAAAUCGGUAAGGAAUUCUAUGGAGAGGGUGGACCUUGUAUGAAGCUAAGAGUUCUGGUAUUGACAUUGAUGGAGAAUUUGAUGGAAUGGUGGACAACAGAGUCAGGUGAAGAAACUGAAGAGUUUCUAAUCCCUAUUUUGCAUCAUUUGCAGAUAGUGGAUUGCCCAAAGUUGAAGUUCCUACCAUAUCCCCCAAGAAGUAUGAUUUGGGUUAUGGGCAACAGCGAGACAAUUUUGCCAGAGCAAGGAUUUGGAAAGCACUUGUCUUCCAUUAAUCCUUCUGCGAUGGUUCUAAACAGAUGUAGGUUCUCUCAAGACAAGUGGGAUAGACUUCAACAUUUUCCCACCCUUGAGAUAUUUCAAGUAUCCUUCGUCAGUGGCUUGAGGGCGUUGCCAGAGGUCAUGCAAUGCUUCACCUCUCUCACUGGACUAUAUUUGUGGUCGUUGAAGGACCUGGAGACACUACCAGUAUGGUUGGGCCACCUCGGUUCUCUACAAGUAUUUGAGAUCCAAGAUUGCCCCAACCUGACAUGUUUGCCUGAAAGCAUGAAGAAACUCACCGCUCUUACAGAUCUGACGUUGAUAGAGUGUAAAGGCCUGGAGACAUUACCGGAAUGGUUGGGACAGUUGACUUCUCUAGAAGAACUUACCAUCAGAGAUUGCCCCAACAUGACAUGUUUGCCUGAAAGCAUACGGUGUCUCUCUGCCUUGAAGCUACUUGAAAUUGCUCGAUGUCCAAGUCUGAUUGCGAGGUGCCAAGGGGAGGAUGCCCACAAGAUCUGUCACAUCCCCAAAGUCGAAUUCUGGCCUUGA